UCCGUGAGGCCAGUCGUCUGCGCUGGUGUAGACAUCCCUGAAAUGCACCAAGGAUCCUCUCUCCUAGCUGGACGGAUGCGUCUGACUGCACUUUUCACCUCAAUGAAAGAGAUGCUAUUGCGUGGAAAGCUCAUGCCGCCGCACUUUGUGUACUGCGACCCCACUUAGGGGGACGUCCAGGGCCAGGUGCAUUUUCUGGCGGCAGGCACCUGGGUGCAGUCAGGCAGGAGCAUGCACGAGGGGCCGCCCCAGGACAGCCAGCCAAGCAGGGGAAGGAGGGCAAGGGCCCAAGCCUGGUGUGGGGAGCUGCAGCGAUGAGGGGCUGGGACCCAGACCAGGGGCCCCAGGGUCUUGGCUGUUCGGAACUACCUGACCGCCGGCCGGCCGUGGCUUGCGGGAGCGCGGGAGCGCGCGCGAGGUGGGGGGCGCGGGAGCGCGCGCGAGGUGCUGCUUGGAAACAGCGGCGGUUGGCUUUUGAUUCUUAGCCUGGCGCACGCAGGGGUUCUGUGACACUUGGCGGGGUAGUCCGGCUGGACUGGACGCUUUCUCACCGCGGACCAGGGCAGUUGUAUGACCGCCAGAUGUUCUCCUGGGCUGGUGGUCUGGGCUGUGGCCUAGGCCAUACCCUAGGGGCCGUGGACAGCAGCCACACCUCUCUGACCAGGGACAUCUCUGAUAUUCACAGACAUGUGCUGGGGAAAGGGACCUUCCCUGGGGACGCCAUGGAUGUGGCUGAUGUCAUCUCAUCCCAGACACAGAUCAAUAGACGCCUCCCUGAGACAGAAACGCUGGAGGCUGAAGUGACUCACUGGAAGAUGUUGUGCCCGUGUUCCACCCAGGGACCAAAUACCAUCGACCCAGAAACAGUGUGGAAACUGAAGAGCCACAUCAGGGACCUACAGCAGAAGCAGAUGCGGGAAAUGGACAAACAUCAGCUGGAAGUGGCCGUGCUGCAAAACACCCACCGGCAGAAGCUAGCCGACCUCGCUGACCGGCACCGCAAACAACUGACGGACUACCAGCGACAGGUGGAAGACCUGCAAAACCAAGAUGCUGCCGGGAACGGGGACCGUGACCUUCUGGAGGAGAGGGAAAUGGAUCUCAGAAGGCUGAAGCAGCAACUUACACAAAUGCAGCGGCUCAACGACAGUCUGAACAACCUUGCUUCCGACCUCCGAGCAGAAAAGGAGAAGUUGGUUCGUCAGCUCCAAGACGCAACCCAUCAGCUGGAGGAAUCCGUCCUGCGCAACAACGAGGAUUCCCUAAAGAACAACAUCGCCGUGAGGGCUUUAAAGAUAGAGAAAGGACGGUUAGUGGCCAAACUGUGUCGGGCCGAAAAGAAGCUUUUCGAACACAAGACUGAACAAAGCCUCAGAGAAUGGUCACCCGCAGACAAUGGCCGUUCCAUUAAACUCGGUCAGGAGAAAGACCUGGAGAUACUACACCUCCAAGAGAGGAUCGAGCAGAUGGACGCCGAGCACCAGGAAACGAAGGAACUGCUGUCCUUUGCUUUGGAGGAGCAGAACCAAUUGACAGAAUGCCUUAGGGAGCAAGAGGAGUACAUCAAGGAACUCCGAGAAAGGCCAGAGCUUCAGGAGGAAUUCGGCCAGUCGACCGAAACCUUCAGAAGCCACGACGUCUUACCCGCAUCCGUGGAGGACAAAGACAUGCGUCUCCCAUCCACGACCGACCAACACCCUCCUGUGGACCAAGACCCGGAGCGCCUCACACAACAGAGUCGCGCUGUCCCUCUGGUUGACCCUAAAGUCCUAGAGGAGAUUGAAGAACUCGAGUGUGAGGUCUUUCAGCUCAACAGGAUAAAAGAUGAUCUCGAGGAGGAGAUACAAGAACAACAGAAGAUCAUUCACAACCAGCAGCAGGGGAAGAGAGCACUGCUCCAGUCCUUCCAGGAGCAGAAGGAGAAGGUGCACCGUCUUCAGCACCGGCAGGAGGAGAUGAACACCGAACGCGCUCAGCUCCUCGCAGCCAAAGACGAGAUGAUUCGGAAUCUGCAAGUCACGCUGGAAGAGCUGAGAGCCCAGUUGCCCGACAAAAGCCCGCCCAUUCCGAGAGAACCCUGUGAGGAUGAGGAGGUGCGAGCAAGCCAGCCUCUCCCCAGAGAGAACCCAAGUGAAGAGCGUGAUCCAUCGCAAGCUGAAAUUCAAAGGUUAGUCCAAGGAAUCAAAGAACAGGACCCGGAGACGAAGCUUCUCACUGAAGAGAACGUCCGACUGACCGCGCAAGUGGAUCGGCUCUCCAAAGAGGAGAUCGGGAAACUCACUCGGAUCAUCCAGCAAAAGGAUGUGGAGAUUCAGGGUCUUUCCAGCAGAAUCUCUGAGGCUUCUCACAGCCGGAACAGGCACGUGGAACAACUUCAGCGGCAGCUGCAAGAGUGUGCUUUGAAAAGCCAACAGAUCUUGGCCAUCCUGAACGAGAAGAGGAGGGAGAAGAGCCAUCUGGAAAGGGACGACCACGAAAUGACCCAUCGACUUGCUGCCAAGGAAGCAGACCUCCAGAGGGCGCAAGAGGAAAAUCAAAAACUGCCCACCAGAGUGGAAAGCAGCGGCCAGGAGGUGUGUACAGAAAGGAUUCGGGACUUGUCACACGUGAUUCGAGAAAAAGACCUGGAAGUGGCUGCGUUGAGUCAGAUAUGCCAGACCUUACUGAGGAUCCUGCAAACACCCAGCCCUGGUCAUGGGGUUCGAGGAGGUCGAAUCGAUCAGUUCCAGCAGCUCCUCCAGGAACGGGACACGUUAACACAGCGAGGGAAGAUCAUGGAGGAGUGGAAAGAGCAGGUGCUGACCACCGUCCAAAAUCUGAAGCGUGAGGCCCCCCAGCUUCAGACACAUCUGCGACAACUGCAGGCGUGGGCGUGCCCCAACAGCGAGAACGUUCUGAAACCGCAGACAGCCUCUCUGGACCAGAUCCAAACUUACCGGGGACAUGACAUAAACUUCCACGAGCUAGAGAAGGAACUGGCCCAACUUCAGCUCCGCAUCGGGGAGCUCUGCAAUGCCAAGGACCUCCUUUUAGGGAACCUUGAUGUGAUUUUCCUCCAGACCUCCAGCGACUCCCGGAAGGCCGUGAAAUCUGACCCCGUGAGUGAGGCCUCUCAGGUGAUCAGAGAGGAGGUAGAAGAGCUCCGAAAAUCAGGGCGAGGAAAAGAGACAAGGAUCCGAACCCUCCAGGAAGAUCAGCAGAGAUGGAUUGCUUCCGGGGCUGCCACGGGGGAAGGAGAAGGCAAAGCACGGGAACACGGCGAUGCCGAUUCCCACACGGAACAGCCGAAGGAGAAACCGGCCGUUCUGCAAAACUCCCUUCGGGCUCAGGAGCUCCGAACCCAAGCGAAAAGUGAGGAGCUGCUUGCCUUACAGGAGAAGCUCUGUGGCCAGCUGAGUGAGAACGAGCUGCUGAGGCAGGCAGUCACCAAUCUGAAGGAGAGGAUGGCAGAUUUCGAAAUGGACGUGUGUCGGCUGAAAGAGGAAAACGCCAAGAUCGUGGAACGAUCUAGAGAACAGGAAAUGGAGACUCGGGCGUUGCAAGAGACCAAUCGGCUGCUGUCAGUGACGCGGAGAGAGGAGGCAUCCCAGCAUGCUGCGAUGAGAGAGAAGGCCCUGGCCUUGGAGCAACUGCUGCGAGAGAAAGAGGAGGGCGAGACCGGGGAACUGAACCGGCUCGUCGCCGCCGUUCGGUCCACGCAGGAAAAGGCAGCUGCCUGUCAGCGGGAGAGAGAUGCCGUCGUGUUGGCACUGACACAGAAAGAAACGGAAACCUGCGCCCUCCAGAAGGAGGUUCACCAGCUGCGAGAGAGAGAGUUGCGCCUCACCCAGGAGCUGGAGAGAGGGCGGCAGCUCGCUGCAGAAGCCCAAGAUUCUCGUCGCCGGGAAGCUUUGGCCUCGGAGGACCGAGUGGCUCAGCUGAGAGAGGAAGUGACAGUCUUGCAGGGAAAACUCGUUUGGUCUUCCGCUGCCAUGCAAAAGGCCAGCCACGGAGCCAGGCUGCAGGUAGAGUCGCUGCGGGAGCAGCUGCACGUGGUCACCCAGCAGAAGGAGGAAGCUGUGCUCCGGCUUGCCGCCUCCCAGGAAGAGGGAAGGCACUGUGAUCAGACCCUAGCGAGCCUGAAGCUGGAACUGGCCGAAUGGAUGGAAAAGGCAGACGCCCUAGAAGGAAACCUGAAGUCCUUACAGGGACGUUUGCAUCAAACCAGUGCCGACUUGGAGGAGAAGGAGGACCAACUCCAGGAGUUCAAGAAACAGAAUGAGGUCCAGCAGGAAAUCCUGGAGGACACACAGAGGAAACUGAUGACCUUAGUCAGUCAGUCCGAAGGAAUGGCGGACAAAACCCUCCUAAGGAGACUCUUCGUGGGAGCUUUCCAGGCAGCUGAUGCGGAACGGCAGGAAGCGCUGAGCUUGAUGGCAAGCACGCUGGGGAUCCGAGAAGAUCAGCUGCGGCAGCUGCGCAGCCGGGAGCCCGCGGGUGUGCCCAGCGGGGGGACUGGGGGGCCUGGAUCCACAAGCGCCCCCAACACCCCUGCGAAACCAAAUCACCAAGCUGUGGCCAAUCGUUCCUUUUCAGACCUUUUUGUCCAGUUUCUAGAAGCCGAAUCUCAUUCAGCUUUUCCACCGCCCAAACCCUCUGCUCGUGUCGUGAAGCCCCCAGAUUCAGGAGGAAGGGGAAAGCCGCCUAAGAAACAAGGCCCAUCACGACGGAACGCUACCCUGGCAUCCACACCCGGAAAAAAGGAGGUCAAGCCCCGCACCACAGCUGUGUCUCUUAUUAAUCCACCCGGACCGCAAAUGGAUGGAUCGGAGCACCUUCUUCUAAAUGCUGUCACUGAUGCUUUACCCGUGUACACGCCGCAUAUACUAUCACCUGCCCAGAAGGUUGGAAAGGCGGCCAAAGACCUCUCAAAGAAAUAGACGACUGUGAGCCAGAGUGACACCACGCUUUGAAGAUCCCAAGUCACUCUGUGUGUCUCUACCUUAUCUCCUAAUGUUCUUUUUCAAAAUGCCAAAUGUUCACGGUUUUGCUUUCAGCUGAAGAAACAUCUUUCUUUUAUGACUUAACAAAAAAGGGGUCUCUCAAUGACCGCAGAAGUAUUCGCCAAAGUGAAAACACUGGUGACUUCUUUUUUAUGUUUUAAGAUCUUAUUUAUCUUUUCGACGGAAACUGAGGGCACACAUACAGGGGGAGCACCAGAGGGAGAGAGAGAAGCAGGCUCUCCACGGAGCAGGGAUCCUGACCUGUGUGACCUGAUCCUAGGACCCCGGGAUCAUGACAUGAGCCAAAGACAGUUAACAGACUGAGCCACCCAGAUGCCACAGCAGUGGUGACGUUCGUAGGACAGUCGACACUGAUGGCCUUGGAAGCUGUGGUCUGUAACGCUGGAAGGUUUACACAAGGGCCAAGUGUCUAUGGAUACCUUAUGUAGAGAACACAUCAACUUGUUUCAGUGUUCCAAACGUAUCAGAUACACGACCACACAAUCCUCGUAUGGGAAACGAGGUGACUAGCACGAAAAGUACCCGAUGAAUAGGAGGUUUUAAAAAAAAAAAACGUUUGCUUUUCCCAGUCGAUCCCAAGGGAAUCGCUGGGUGGCCAAGGGGUAGAAGGAAGAGCGGACGUCCUCCGGCACCAUGGAAUCUGGCAAUGCACUGUGGACAGAAGCCCCCACCUCCACCUGCAGGUCCUUAACAAGUGUGUCAAACAAAUAUCCUCACAGUAGGAUCUCCUGGAUGUGAUGUCCCAUCUGUAUUCCCGGAGAAAGACGAAUGCGCUAAGAUCCUGCCCACAAAGUUUGCCUGUGAGAGCAGAGCGGUUUGGGUGCCCCGCGCGUAACAAGGAUCCCGGGAUCAAGACCUGAACUGAUGUCAGGUGAUUAACCAUGUGAGCCACCCGGGUGCCCUUGUAAAUGUUGGAUCUACAACUGGGUCAAAUUCUGAACCUAUGAUGAAUUAGUUCGUGGGGGCCCCGGGGGGUCCCCCUACCUCCUGUAUUCAGUUUUCUCUCUCCCACUCCUCCUUUGCUCGGGUUUGUGUCUUCCUGGAUAUACUGGGGGUGGGGUGGGGGAGUGUCUUUUGCCCUGCUCCUCGUUCUCGGUGUUUUCUUCCAGAGAGUCUCAAAUCAGCAUCAUCAGCCUUGGGGCUUCUGUCGCGGCGAGGGCUGUAUGGUCUCACGCCUCCUGGCGGAAGUCAAGGUGGGACCGGAUCCCCUCAGUGUGCCCUUCUUACAUUUCCCUGCGUCGGGGCCUCCCUCCGUUGCACCCACAACACAGAGGGUCACCCCCAGGGCUGUGCUUGGGGUGUGCUUUCCCCCAUAGGAUCCGGACGUCCGCAUCCAGCACUGGCCCAACACCCAGUCCCUGGAACUGAAGCACACCAGUCAGCAUGUCCUGCGGUUGCCAGCCUCAGGGGGGAGCCCUGGAGACCAAUACAGGCCACAUGCAGGUCACAUGGGUGACACCUCCCCCCAAGAUACAGUCCAUUCUCCUUCAUUCUCACCUUGUUGGCAAGGAGGGGACCUUAGUUUGGAAACGGAUGGCGACCUCCAUGUGAGAUAACAGAACACGGGCCAACACACAAGCUGGCCGGCGAUGGCCAGUUCCCUCCCAGAUCGUGGCUGUCACCUCUGAAGCCAGUUAGUUAGCGAAGGAGCAGGUCAAGCUGACCCCCGCGUCCUCAGUUAACAUACGGACACCGUGCCUGUGAUGCUGCCGCUUGUUUUAAUCACCAUCUCCUCAGGUCCCCGAUGAGAGAGAGAUUCCUGCUCCAGACUUGUGGGAUGCCCUGACACCCGACACGUGUGACUGACCAACAGUUUACUCGUCCCAUACCCUCGCGCUUCAGGGGAGGAGGAUACCACACACCGUGCAGGACGACACAGACGUCGCGCUUGAGAACAGAGAGAACCAGCAGCAGGGCCUUCGAAGGCAAGACUUGCUUCUUGAAACAAGAGGGUGUGGCAAGUCCUGGUUCCCAUGGGAGGGGGUGAGUGGCUGGCCUCAAGAAUUCAGUGGGCUUCUAGGCAACUGAACGCUGCUCCCCCAAAACCAACAGGCACUAUGGCUAGUCCCGAGGAUGAGAAGGGUGUUUGGGGAAGAGACCUCCCCUGUGAGGGAAGAGGGAGAGGAGAACGGGCAGGAGGCCAUUCGGGUCCCUCCUUGAUCUUCCGCGUGUCAACACAGCCCCUGACACGGAAUCUUCA